AUGGGACUUUGCCUAGCAGUGACAUCUACACUUCUUUGGGUCUUGUUGUUGACUCUUCAAGAUGGUGGAGCAAGUUCCUGUGCAGAAGUUGGAGGCAGGCUUGCCUGUGAAGACAUCUGUGAAGUCAGAAGACCAGCUCUCCACAAGUUUCAAGUGGACUUUGUUGGGGACUCCUUGGACUUGGACUGCAUCAGGUAUGAGGGUCUGAAGGAAGUGAGGUUGUUCAACAGGACCUUCUGUUCAGGAAAAGUUCUAGGCAUGGAAGAAAUUGUGAGACCCUGGAGUCAUUGUUUCUUCAAACAUACAAAAACAGAAAACAGUCAAGGAGGAGCUCAGGACUUCAAAACCUGCUCCGGAGACUUCACUGCACACAACAUCCUGAACAAGACCACUGACCUCAUCAUCUGUGCCAGUCAAACAGAGGAUUGUCAGCACUACCAAUCAACCUACAACAGCAUCUUGGGAGGAGAGGACUACAACAAUUCAGGAUCAAGACAUCAGUGUUGUUAAUAAAAAUGAUGUUGUCACUGUUGUGCCUGAAACCCAGCUAGAGCAAACAGUGGGGAUGGUACCUGUAGAGGAGGUGGUGCCAAUAGGGGAGAUCCCUUCUAAAACUAC